AUGGAGGCCCGGCGGCUGAUCAAUGCCUCCAUCCCAAAGUCAAUAAUCCCGUCUGGAAUUCGACAUUGUUCAACUUCGAUAUCUCAGAACAUUAUACCUCGUUCAUCUUUAUAUCGUUCAAAACUAAAUUGUCUCGACCCAGCAUCCUACCCCGUUUCAGUCAACUCUCUGUGGAAACGCACAUUCACUGGCAUACCAUCCGAUGCAGCCUCCACCGGACCCGCUAAGACUUCCAAACCAAAUACUGCACCACCCAGAUAUAAUCACAGCUCAACCUCGCAAGAUAAACUCAGCCAAGUCGACAGCAUCCUUCGUGCUAUCUCCGGAAGCGGCCAGAAGAGCGAAGCGAGACCAGAACGAACGCCAAUUGGGCAACACUCGCGCGGUGAAAGUCCCUGGGCACAAGAUAUUAGAUCCGCUUUGAAUAUGUACGAGAAAACAAACACGUUUCGGGGAGGCCUUUCCACUUCCAAAAUGUCUAGCGCGCAAUUUGAACUACGUCUCUCGCCAUCACUGGGGCGGACGGUGGCAGUGGAUCAUAUUCGCGGGCUUGAUGUUGCAAAAGCCUUUGUCAUGAUGGAGAGCCGGUGUGCUAUGAAUAACAUACGCAACCAAGAGAGAGAGCAGAGAUAUCAUGUUCGGAAAGGACUGAGAAAGAAGGAAAAGAGAUCGCAGCGGUGGAGGAAGUUGUUCAAGGCUGCUUUUCGCGCACAGGUUAUGAGAUGUCAAAAACUUGUGAAGCAAGGUUGGUGA